GACAUUUUUCAAUUUUCUUGUGGUUUUUUAAUUGCCUAUAAAAUAAGUUUAAAGCUCAUGCCAAGUUGUAUAGUGUUUGCCAAUCUUACACACUGUUGAUACGUAUACUAUCCAACAAUGUUAUUGCUGAGGCUUGGUGUCAUUUUGGUAUUAGGGCUAGGUUUGGAAGCCAUGCACGAAGGUAUAGCCAAACGACAAGCAGAUCAAAAUUCAAGAAAAGCCAGACCAGCUGAUAAACGGCCUUGUCCAGCUGGAAUGCGUGAUGACGGUACAAGUUGUUGGAAAGAUUCCUAUGGAAGAGGAGCAGGUCGUGUUCCGGAUAAAGCAAAUUGUACUCCUAAUCAACGCGACGACGGGACAAGUUGUUGGCUAGAUAGCUAUGGGAGAGGUGCGGGCAGAACACCUGAUAAAACAGCAUGUCCUUCUGGAUUACGAGAUGACGGCACCAGUUGUUGGAGCGAUGCACAUAUAUAUGGAAAGGGAUGUUGUUGCACACUAUGGGGAUGCUGUCACAACUGUAAAAGUGGUUACAAAGACGAUGGAUGCACGUGCAGAAAAACAAAUGUAGGCAUAAAAGUGUCACUCUUCCAACGACAAGGGUGUAGAUCGAACGAAGAGAUGAAUGGACGUCUUUGCUAUCCAAAAUGCAAAGGUGGAUACCAUGCAAGUGGAUGCUGUAUAUGUACACCAACUGGCGGCCCAGGUAUACGGAAAACUCUUGCACAAAGGCAAAGUUGUCGAAAUAAUGAAGAAAGACUCGCCGAACUGUGUUACCCUAAAUGUAAAGAUGGUUAUAGACCUGUAGGAUGCUGUGUUUGCGAACCAAAUGACGGACCUGGUAUAAAAGUCACAGGACCUGAGAGACUGUAUUGCAAAGAAAAUGAAAUCAAACUGAAUGGCGUUUGUUGGGAGUAAUGUCAAAGUGGCUACACUGAUCAUGAUAAUGAAGGCGUAUGUAAGAAAUUUUAGAGAGAACUAAUGAACAGACAAUAAACACCGCAGUUGUCAUAUUAUUAUUAACUAUCUUCACCUCUGUUUGCUCAUAUAAUAAACUUUAUUGCACUGUA